CUCUCCUUCAAUCUCUCUUCUCUCUCGGGGGGCUUGACUUGGUCGAAUCUAUCAUUUCCCCCACCACCGCCAUCACCACGUUUCUUCAUCACUGAUUGUUCCUUUUGUAUAUUUUCUUCGUAGCUUCAGGGUGCGUCAUCGUCUCCCUAUCUUUCUCUCUCUAUCUACAACUAACGAAACGGCUUCGUUUUGUCUGGUUCAUGGCCGAGUUGACUCAGGCCGAGGUUUAUCCUACUCGGUCCUCUCUGCAACUCCUGAGGACUCUGUUGAACUGGCUUGGAUUCUUCUUCCAGAUCUUCCUCCGUAUCAUCAGAGCUCUCGGCCACCACACUCUCCUCUCCUCAUCUCUUCCAUUCAAACCCUUGCCCGUAGUCGAGUUGCCCGAGACCGAUUCUCCAACCACCGUUGACGUCGCCCCCGCCGUUCCUCCCUCGGACGCCGUCGACCGUCUUGAGAGACUAACGGUUGUGCUUGAUUUGGAUGAAACUUUAGUAUGUGCGUACGAGACAUCAAGUUUGCCUGCUGCUCUGCGUAAUCAAGCCACCGGGGCUGGAUUGAAGUGGUUCGAGCUGGAAUGUGUAUCUUCGGACAAGGAAUGUGAAGGAAAGCCUAAGAUAAAUUACAUUACGGUAUUUGAGCGUCCAGGAUUGCGAGAAUUUUUAAAGGAACUUAGUAAAUUUGCAGAUCUUGUUCUGUUUACUGCUGGCCUCGAAGGUUAUGCUAGACCCCUUGUCGACAGAAUAGAUGUGGAAAAUCUAUUUAUGCUUCGUCUUUACCGGCCUUCAACGAGUAGCACGGAGUAUCGGGAGCAUGUGAAGGAUCUCUCUUGCUUAUCAAAAAACCUAUGCCGGACUGUCAUUGUUGACAACAAUCCAUUCAGUUUCUUGCUGCAACCAAUUAAUGGCAUUCCUUGUAUACCUUUCACUGCAGGGCAACCACAUGAUACACAGCUGCUGGAUGUACUUCUUCCACUUCUCAAGCACCUAUCUCAACAAAACGAUGUCAGACCUUUGCUCUAUGAAAGGUUCCACAUGCCCGAAUGGUUUCAAAAGCAGGGAAUCCCUGCUUCCAGUUGACCACCAUAGGAUUAAAGAACCCUAUGCAGCGAUAGCAGGCAUUCUCUUUAUAAUUGUCAAAGAACAAUUCCAUUCAGAAGCCGCACCUGUUACAGGAAUCAUUACUUUGUGUAUAACAUUCAUUUGCGUGACACAGAUGAUUAUCGAAAUGCCAAUCUCUGGAAGAAAAGGAUUUUUAUUCUGCUUAUGUUUAUGGAUGGGUAGACUUUGUGCAUGUAAAUUUGUCAGGUCCCAGAAUCUUAUUGUAACAUUGUUUAUAUUCUGGCCGUUGUUGCGUUUAUGUUUGUGCCGUAAUUGUAUACUAGUUCAAUAAUUAUCUGCAAUCCAAAACAUUCUUUAUUGAGUUCCUUAA